UCACGAUGGUUUAAUAAAACUAGCAAUAACUCAGAACAAGAACCAUUUCUAAUUGCACAAAAAUUUGAGACAGAACAAAAUCGUAAAAUUGUAGAUGAACGUAAACUAUAUAGAGAGACAUGGGGUAAAGCAAGAGCAGCUUUAAUGGAAGAAAUAUUUUUUAAUAGUAAUAGCGAUAGUAAUGAUAGUGAGAUAGAUUCAAAUAAUGAAGUUGAGUCAGAUAGUAUAUCCAAAAAAGGAAUGAUAGAUCCAAAAGAGUUAGUAAAUCCUCGUAAAUGUAAAGAAAAAGGAUGGCCGAAGGGUACAGAUAGAAUGCGGCAUGCAAAUGAGCCACCAAAAAGAGCAAAACGCAAACUACAUUGUAAAAUUUGUGGAAGUGUUGGUCAUAAUCGAGCAACUUGUUCUCAAAGACAAAAAUAA